UCUUUUGCUAGUAUUGGAAUUCAAUUUAUUAAGUUCGAUGAGCAAUCGAGGGUUAUGUUGGAGGUCUAACUUCUUUAUCACUUGAUGCUAGACUAGAUUUAACUUCUGCUAGAUGUCCUUUUCUUCCCCACUAAAGCGACAGGGUGGUAUUGUUUGGAGGGCCUAGUGGCUUUAGUAAUUUAAAAAGCACUCAAAUUUUGAUGGGGUUGGUGGUCGCAUGCGAUGUGCGAACAUAAUAAGAUUCAAUUUAUGAAUAACUGAAGUGGAGUGGGCAACAGAGAUUGAAGAAAGUAAACACUACUUAGUCAAUCUACUGAAGUGAAAGGAGAAGUAGGUUUGGAAUUUGGAACCUCUGAUAUUUUGAUGGAAUAUAGAUUAUGGGUGAUGAUGAAGCUUCUCCAUGAGUUUGUUAAAUCACUUCAUAUUACAAUGAAAAGAUGGACUGGGAAACUAGCUAGUGUGGAGUGCCAUUAUGAACUCAUGGAGUGGCAUCAUCGCCACCCAUACUCUAUGGACAGAUGAUCUCUUGGAAUGAUUUGGUAUUUUAAAAUGAAGAAUAUAUGAACUAGGUUUGGAGUCUUAAUGCUCAUAGAAACAGUUAAAUGGGAGAUUUAGAGAUGCUAGUAGGUAUAAGCAUAAUUUCUUGUCAUAAAGGUUCGGUUUGGAUAGAGUUUCCUUGAGAUGAUUAGAUGAGAGGCCUUAUUCGAUUUACAAAAUAAUGGUCCCAAUAAAAGUAUUUGGUGGUUAUUUUGCUGUUAGAGCAGAAGGUCAGUGGUUAUAUGCCAUACUAGCUCUUUGGGGUUUCCUUUGACUGAUGGACAUUUUGCAACUGAAUUUGUUGAUGUCAGAAAAGUAGUAGUUAAGAAAAUGAUGUCCUGGAAAAGCUUAUGUUAUGAGUUUGUAGUGAAAUGAAAUUUGAGAGCUUCAGCAAAGCAGUCUGACACAAUGAGGUGUCAGUGAGCCUAGCUCAGCAACUUUUCAAAUGGAAAAGUUCUUUCCAAAAGGAAAAUCCAGAUUUCACAGAGCAGAGUUUAUAAAGGAUUAAGCCUAAUAUCAGAUUGUAGUGCUCCAUAGAAGAAUUAUUCUGGAAUAGUGUUGAUAAAAGCUACAUGAAUCAUGCAAAGGUGGUCAAUCGAGAUGUCAGAGCUACUUAAUCAUAAAUCUUCAAUCCAAGGAAAAGUUCCUUCUGGCUAUCAUAAUGCUAUUUUUGAUUUAAGUGGAGACUGGCUUCAUGAUACUACAGACUCCAAGUUUCUUGCUUUUGAUGGCUACUUCAUCUCAUUGUACUAUUUGCACCUGACAGCAUCUCGAUUAACACUGAAAGAUGAAGUAAAGAAGUCUGUCCCUCCUCGUUGGGAUCCUGCAUUGUUGUCCAGACAACAAUUUUUGGACAUCACAAAAUGGAAAGGUGGACAAACUCUUUGGGGCAGAGGGAACUCCUACUUGGUUUGUGUUAUUCUGGCACAUGGAUGCUUAUUAAUUUUAUUAGGCAGGUUCAUCCAUACAUAUGGCACGCACAUAGUAAUAGGGAUGGCUGUCGGGGGUCAAGACUUAAUUUGUGUUAAACAAAAACCUUCCUCACCAAUUCCCCCUGCUGAGGUGAGAAAGCACUUGGAAGAUCUUGGAGAUUAUCUGUUUUCAGACAGAAGAAGUCCGUCCCUUCUACAGGGGAAUGCAAGAGAUGGAAAACAAGUUCCCGAGGUCUUCAAUCGUAUUUUGCAGUCAAACACCAUGCAACUGACUAGCAUUACAGAAACCUCAAGCAAGGAUGGCCUCACCAUCAUUUGUUCAAAAAGAGGAGGAGAUGUGUUCUCAAACAGUCACUCCAAUUGGCUCCAGACAGUACCAGCUAAACCUGAAGCAAUUCUAUUCAAAUUUGUACCUAUAACAUCUCUUCUUACUGGGAUUCCUGGAAGUGGUUAUCUUAGUCAUGCAAUCAACUUGUAUCUACGUUACAAGCCUGCCCCAGAUGAUUUACAAUGCUUCUUGGAAUUUCAAGUUCCAAAGCAAUGGGCACCUAUGUUUUGCGAGCUGCCUUUAAGGCAUCAAAGGAAGAGAACUUCUUACCCUUCCUUGCAGUUCAGCUUUUUGGGACAUAAGAUCUAUGUCAGCCCUAGCCAGGUUUCAAGUGAUAAAAAACCUGUCGUUGGCCUACGUUUGUACUUGGAAGGGAAGAAAUGCAAUCGAUUAGCACUGCAUCUACAACAUCUCUCAAGCCUUCCAAAUAUCAUGACCUUCCCAUCACCCAACCCCAUCACAUGCAUGCCAUGUCAAUGGCGAGGCUCUGAUGAUUAUAGAUCUAACGACCAGUUUUUGGAACCAAUUAGAUGGAGGAGAUACUCAAAGGUGUGCACAUCUGUUGUUAAGCAUGAUCCCAGCUGGUUGCAGGGAGAUACAAGUGGUGUGUUUAUUGUAACCGGUGUGCAGCUCCUUUGCAAAGGACGGUGGCCUAAGACAGUACUUCACCUCCGUCUUCUUUUUACGCAUUUACCCAACUGUACCAUUCGGAAGACAGCGUGGGCUGCUGCUCCAGAAGCAUCUCAAAAAUCAAGUUUUCUGACAAAUCUCAGCACAACAUUCACAUUUACUCAGCGAACAACCACUGCUCCUGAAAAGCAAGGUCCUGCCGCAAUUAACUCUGGUGUGUAUCCAGAUGGUCCUCCUGUUCCAAUUCGCUCUAAAAAGCUGCUUAAAUAUGUGGAUGUGGCUGAGAUUGUGAGGGGUCCACAUGAUGCUCCAGGACACUGGCUGGUUACCGCUGCUAAGCUAGUCACAGAUGGUGGUAAGAUUGGUUUGCAUGUGAAGUUUGCUUUGUUGGACUAUGGAUUUCACUGUGCAUAGAGUGGAUUUUGUUUUGAUGAUUGAUUUAGUUAUUUCCUGUCUAAAAAAUCCUUUCCUAGCAAAUUUGGUUUUAUGUGCCGAAGAGUUUUGCCAUGGUUUGUACAGAGAGAGACAGAAUAAAUUUACUUGCUAGAAUUCGUGCUGUACAUUUGGUUGUCUAUGUUAAUGGAGCCUUCUGUUUUCUUCGUGGUUUAAGAA